AUGACGAAUCAUUCGGAGGAGCAAGAAAACUCAAGGUUGUCAAGGAGCAAAACGUGUGUUUGUUUCCUGAUUGCAGCCCUUGGUUAUAUUUUAAUCGCAAUAAGCCUCCUUCUCUUCAUAUUCACCAUUUUUGAGUUGUUUACUAAAAACUCAAACUCAGCCAUUAGCAAAGGAACCAGUGCCACGGUGAUGAUGAUAUUUGGAGUGACUUUGGUAUUGUUAGUACGUGUGCAACUCAAAAAAGGAUCAAAAUUUUCCGCCGUCCAAGUUGAAAUAUUUGCGAUUCCUGCGGAAGAUUUGGCAAAAUCUCCGGUCCUAACACUUCCAUAUAACCAUACUCCUCGCCGUCAGCCAUUCGUUGGGGCCUCUUCGAUAGAUUUGCCGGAUUAUUUUACUGCUGUCCAGGAUUUAAAUGAAGUUUAUUCAUCUGUGGAUGCUGCAUUUGGUACGGAUGACGCUCCACCACCAAGUUACGAAGAGGCACUUAAAAUGGCCUCCAUAACUAGUCAAGAACACAAGUCACAUUCUUUUUCGCUAUCGGGACAAGGAUAA